AUGAACUGGGAAUUGUUUAUAAUGAAACUUAAAUUAAUAAGGCAAAGGUUUUUAAUAAAUAAAUACCACGUGUCUCAGGAGGAACUGGACCUUACAGCAGUGAACAAGGCUGCGAUGAUGGAGCUUCCAGCCGCCAAGAAGUGGCAGAUAUACUGCAGUCGCCGCCCGCCCCCGGGACAACCUUCCGCCCUAGCGACGGCGCCCCAAGUUGAGGAAUACAUCAAGGCACUUAAUGAGAUAGCCGAUGCCUUUGCAUCAUCAGACAGUGGUGCACCAACUGACGCUUGUGCACUAGUGGAUGGUCUGAAAACUGCUUUACGCACAAGAGCCCAUAGCUUUGUCCUCCGAUUCAUCAAGCAAGGAGGUCUCACCUCUCUCCUUGAAGCCUUGCAGAAAGCACCAAGAGAUGCUGCAAUGACGAGACAUAACCUUAUCGCUGGAAUUAAGGCGCUCAUGAAUAAUUCUACUGGCCGUGCACACGUCCUAGCUCAUCCGACCAGUAUCGACUUAAUAGCUCAAUCGCUAGACACAGAAAAUGUUAAAACUAAAGUGGCAGCCCUUGAAAUCCUUGGCGCAGUUUGCCUUGUACCAGGAGGACAUAAGAAGGUACUUGAAGCAAUGAUCCAUUACCAAAAAUACGCGGGUGAAAGGGCUAGAUUUCAAGGCAUCGUGAAUGAGCUAGACCGCAGUACGGGUGCCUAUCGGGAUGACCUAGGUCUUAAGACGGCCAUCAUGUCAUUUGUGAAUGCAGUACUGAAUUAUGGACCUGGAGAGGAAAGCCUGGAGUUCAGACUACAUUUGCGGUAUGAGCUGCUUAUGUUGGGAAUACAACCUGUAAUCGAGAAAUUGCGUAAGUACGAGAAUGAGACCCUCGACCGUCAUAUCGAGUUCUUCGAGAUGGUCCGGACGGAGGACGAGAGAGAGUUAUCCCGACGGUACGACAAGCAGCACGUCGACACGAAGAGUGCGACGGAAAUGUUCGACUUGUUGCGAAAUAAGUUGAGCCAUACCGCCGCGUACCCGCAUCUACUGUCUAUGCUCAGGCACUUGUUGUUGCUGCCAUUGGAGUACAACCCCCACGCUCAGCACUGGUUGCUGCUGGACAGAGUGGUACAGCAGGUGGUGCUUCAGCAGCCAUCCGCUGGCAGCCGAGCCAGCAGCCACCAGGGAGACCAGCCUGAAGAAAACCCCAAGCACUAUGACCCAGAUGUAGCUCCACUGGAAAUAAAUGUUGCCGAAAUCGUACAUUUGCUCGCGAAAGAAGAGGAACUUGUAGCUGCUCGGACUAAAGCCGAAAAUCUUGAAAAGGAAAAUGUCGACCUGGCAACGGACCUGGCUAAGAAGGAGAAGCAAGUGGACCAGCAGAGCCAGGAGCGAGAAGAGUUGGAAGGUGUGGUCUGCCGCCUCAAAGACCGCCUCGAGAGGGAAACAGCGGCCCACAUGGAGUGUACUGAAAGGGCCCGAGCGAGUGCUUGUAGGGCGCAUCAGUUGGAACAGCAGUUGAACCAAGAAAGAACGGAACGUGCAAGAUUUGAGAAACUAGUCAGCGAAGGAAGCAUACCUGAUGAUGCUAAGGUCAGCAAUCUCAAAAGCGCAGUGAUCACUUGCUCCAUCCCACCUCCUCCCCCACCCCCAGUCAUUUCCAUUCCCCCUCCUUCCGCACCCGCCCCGCCCCCUGUUCCCCUUGCCCCCAUGGCCCCGGCCGCUCCGAGGCCCAAGAAGAAUGUGCCCACACCAGGGAAUCCCUUGAAGAGUUUCAACUGGAGCAAACUCCCCGAUACGAAGUUACACGGAACGAUUUGGCAGGAGUUGGAUGAUACGAAAUUGUACAACGCGAUUGAUUUGCAUGCGAUCGACAAGAUGUUCUGCGCUUAUCAGAAGAAUGGAGUUCAGAACGAGGGCUCAGUCGAAGACCUUAGACAACUGGGGUCUAAACCGAGAACGAAGAUUUUGUCAGUGAUAGACGGAAGACGUGCUCAGAACUGCACAAUACUGCUGUCCAAACUGAAGAUGUCCGAUGAAGAAAUAUGCAGAGCAAUCCUCCGAAUGGACAGUUCAGAACAAUUACCCAUCGAUAUGGUUGAGCAGUUAUUGAAGUUCACGCCCAGUGCUGAAGAAGCCGCCUUACUGGAGGAGCACCAGGAUGAACUGGACAGCAUGGCGAGAGCUGAUCGGUUUCUUUAUGAGAUUUCCAAAAUCCCUCAUUACCACCAACGCGUCCGAACAUUACUAUUCAAGAAGAAGUUUUCAGCUGCGGUGGCUGAAGCCAGCGCUCGCGCAUCUGUUGUUCUUCGUGCUGCUAGGGAUCUGACUCGUUCUAGAAGACUUAGGACUCUUCUGGAAAUCGUUUUAGCUUUGGGAAAUUAUAUGAACCGCGGUGCUCGUGGCAAUGCAUCCGGUUUCCGGUUGUCUUCUCUGAACAAGUUAGCUGAUACCAAGUCGAGUGUAACGAGAAACACCACGCUCCUUCACUACCUUGUGGAAAUGCUGGAGACACAGUUCAAAGAUGUUCUCCUAAUAGAAGAAGACUUACCCCAUGUAAGAGCAGCAGCCAAAGUCUGCAUCGAGCAGCUGGAGAAGGAUGUCAGUGCUCUAAGAACAGGUCUUCGCGAAGUUUCCCGUGAAUUGGAGUACCACGCUUCGUUGCCUGCGCCUGCGCAGUCCCACGACGCCUUUUUGUCUGUCAUGAGGGACUUCCAUGCGCACGCUGUAUGCUCGUUUACGCAACUUGAGGAUCUUUUCCAGGACAUGAAGAGCCGUUUAGAAGCGUGUGCGCACGCGUUCGGCGAAGAGCCAUCAGCGUCGCCUGAAUUGUUGUUCGGAGCUUUGGACAGCUUCUUAACACAGCUGGUGGAAGCAAGGGCUGAAUGUGAUGCUACCAGGAGGAGACGGGAUGAAGAGGAGAGGAGAACUCGACAUGAACAGGAGCUUAAAAAACGUACAAUGGAGCGUAAACAGGGCUCAAGCCUGCUCGGUUCUGUCGGCAAAUCCCUCGGUAAGGACUGCAACGGACACGCGAACGGCGACACCUCACGUGACGGAACCCUCACAAAUGGCCAAAAGGGUGAGUUCGAUGACCUCAUCUCAGCUUUGAGGACCGGUGACGUAUUCGGAGAUGACGUCGCGAAGUUCAAAAGGUCCAGGAAGACCUCAAAAGCUAGUCACAAAGGACGUGAUUCCCCACCUAGAGGCAUUUGUAGGGAGGACUCGAGAGAAAGGCAAAAACGCUAA